ACAUCUUUUCAUAUGUACCUUGGCCAUUUAUCUACAUUCUUUGGAGAAAUGUCUAUCUAGAGUCUCUGCCCAUUUAAAAAUUAGAUUAUUUGUCUUUUUAUUGUUGCAUUGUAAAAUUUCUCAAUAUAUAUGGGAGGCUAGUUUCUUAUCAGAUAUAUAAAUUGUAAAUUUUUUCAUAUUCCAUGUCUUUUUACUUUCUUGAUGGUGUCCUUUAAAACACAAAAGUUUUAUGUUUAUUGAGAUAUAAUUCACAUAUCAUAAAAUAGUACAAAAAUUUUAAAUUUUGAUGAAGUCCAAUUGAUCAAUUUUUUUCAUUUGUUGCUUGUGCCUUUGGUGUUGUCUAAGAAGGCUUUACUUAACCAGAGGCCAUGAAGAUCUACUCUCAUGUUUUCUUCUAUAAGGUUUUUGUUUGUUUGUUUUAGCUCCUACAUUUAGAUCUUUGAUCCAUUUUGAGUUAGUUUUUGUAUAUGGUGUAAGGAAGGGGUCUAACUUUUAUGUGUGAAUAUCCAGUUAUCCCAGUACCAUUUGUUGAAAGGAUUAUUCUUUCCUCAUUGAAUUGUCUUGGCACCCUUGUCAAAAAUCAAUGGACCAUAAAGGUAAGAGUUUAUUUCUGGGUAUAAUUCCAGUCCAUUUCUCUAUAUAUCUGUCUAUAUGGCAGUACCACACAGUCUUGAUCACUGUAGCUUUGUAGUAUGUUUUCAAGUUGGGAAGUUUGAAUCCUCCAACUAUGUUCUUUUUCAAGAUUUUUUUUAUCUCAUGUCAGCCUUCUGAGGACAGUAGAAUCUGCCAUAGACUAACAUUUACUUGGAGGAAGUACAGCAUGAUAGUUAAUCCUUUCGGCUCUGGAGCCAGGCUGCCUGGGUUCAAAUCCCAGCUCUGCUACAUAAUAGCUGUGUGAUCUCAAGCUAGUUACUUAACUUCUCUGUACCAAAGUUUCCUCAUCCUUAACACAGGUACAAUAAUGAUCAUACCUGCUUUCAUAAAAUAAUUAAGGGGGUUGAGGGGGUUUAGUACAGUGGUAGAGCACAUGCCCGGCAUGCACGAGGGCCUGGGUUCAAUCCCCAGUGUCUCCACUAAAGGGAAAAAAUACAUAAAAUGAUUAAAUACAUGUGAUGCACUUACCACAGUGCCUGGUUCAUAGACAGGGCUCACUGAAUGCUGGCAACAAGUUUUUAGAGUGUGAUCCUGGGCAGAGAGUUUACUCCAUGAGCCUUCUCUCCUUCUCUGUAAAAGCAUGUUAAUAAUGAUACCUUUAUCUCUUCAUGCCACACCUACUCCGAGUCAGAUCCUCUUUUCUUCUUUUUUACAACGGGGUCGGGGGGUGAGGGAGUGGGGGACACAGUGAAAAACAACAUGGCCAGGUUUUUCUUCUGGAUUCAGCCCACCAGCGAAGCAGACAAUCAGCAAGUAAACAGGUUAAAUAAUUUAUUAGAGGAAUCAGAGCAAAGAAGAAAGUAAAAGGAGGUGAUGUGUUCGAAAGGAGGGUGUUAGCUGGGGUGGCUGGGGGGUGUCUCUGAAAAGGCUGGAGCAGAGCCUUGAAUGAUGAAAGGGGAGGCCCAUGAGGAGAACCAGGGGAAGCAUUAGGGUCAGUGCAUCAGCCCUGAAGUAGGACCAAAGCUGGAGUGUGUUUGAGGAUCAGCUAAGAGUCCCGUGUGGCGGGAGCAGAGUGACAAGGGGGACAGUGGGAGGGGAUAGUGAGGACUUGGCCUACACCCUGAGUGAGGUGGAGCCAUGAAAAGGUUCUGAGCAGAGGAGGGAGGCAAACUCAGGUGUCCGCAGGCUCCCUCCUGCUGUGGGGGUGGGGUGGGACAGGGAGCAAAGAGAUGGGGUGGGGGGGCAGAUGAUGGUCUGGGCAGAAAUUAAGGAUGGAUGGGGCCACGAUAGUCAUAGCCACUGUUGCCCUGACAGGGAGGAGGUCCCCCCACCCCACAGCACCUGCUGCCCUGUGUUGGGAAACCCGGAGGCUGGGCUGGGGCAGUUCUCCGAGGCCCUGGUUCGCAAGGGCCACCUGACGGGGCUGAAGCCCAUGGUGCUGGUCAGCUUCCAGUCCCCAGUCAACUUCUAUCACUGGAAGAUAGAGCAGCUACAGAUCCAGAUGGAGGCAGCCCCCUUCCGCAGCAAAGAGUUGUGUAACGCCGAGGAGGUGUGUGUCAUGAGCUGGUAUACGCCCAUGCCCAUCAAGAACGGCAGCGUGGUCAUGCGCGUGGACGUCAGCAGCAAUGGCCUGGGGCCCUUCAUUCCCAAUAAAAGUUUUUGGGUGAACAUCAACGGCUUCCUGGAGAGACAGCAAGACAACACACUGCGUUUCACUGUGGGAAAUGAGCUCUUCAAUCUGAUACCCCGGUACUUUGUGAAUGCCCCAUCACGGCCCCUGUGGUACACUGUGGACCAGGCACCUGUGCUCAUCCUGGGCGGCAUCCCUGAGGAGAAGUCCAUCCUGCUGACCGACACAAACUUCAAGGACUUCUUCCUUGUAGAGCUGAGCAUUAACAGUUGCUGGGUAGGCUCCUUCUGCCCCCAGGCCAGCUUCACCGCCACCAUCUACGAUGCCAUCGCCACCGAGAGCACCCUCUUCAUUCGGCAGAACCAGCUCGUUUACUAUUUUACGGGCACCUAUAUCACACUCCACGAGAGCAACCAUGGCAGCGAGAAAUGGGUUCAUGUCCUGGAGAACGAGUGUGUCAAGAAGUUGUGCCCCGUGCAUUUCCAUAGUAAUGGCUCCGAGUACAUCAUGGCCCUCACCGCUGGCAAGCACGAAGGUUACGUCUACUUGGGGACUAUCACAGAUGGCCGUGUGUCCUUCGAGUUGCUGCCCAGGCAGCAGUCUGUGUGUGAUGCGAUAAAAGUUGUCAACUGCUCCAUAACCUGGGCCGUGUUCGUUGCUGGUCACUACAAUCUCCUGCUGCUGGUGGAAAUUGAAGACCCCUCCACCAGGAAGUAUUUCCAGGUGGUCAGCUAUGACCUGGUCCGUGAUUACCUGGUCAUCCUCUACACCGUCCCAGAAUUCAUCCCUGACGCUCAAGGCCUGGAGUUCCUGAAUAUCCUAGGGGCAGAGUCUUAUACCAACAUCUCAAUGGUACCUAAGGGCAUGUCCUAUAACCCAUAUAACAACUGGCUGUUCAUCUGGGGCAACUUCCUCCUGAUGAGCUAUAACAAUCAAAACUUCAUCUACCUGGCGGAUUUCCCCAAGGAGCUGUCCAUCAAGUACCUGGUCAACUCAUUCCAUGGGGACGUGGCUAUUGUCACAGAGACCGAGGAGAUCUGGUACCUCCUGGAGGGCAGCUACCGGGUGAACCAGCUCUUUCCAUCCAAGGGCUGGGAGGUGUACAUCAGCCUACAGGUGAUGCACCAGUCCUCUCUCUACGCCCCCAAUGAGACCAUGGUCACCCUCUUCUACGAAGACAGAAAACUGUACCAGCUGGUAUACCUUAUAGACAACCAGCAGGGCAGGCUCGUCAAGAGGCUUGUGCCUGUGGAGCAGCUUCUGAUGUACCAGCAGCUCAGCAACGGCUACCACUUGAAGCCGCAAGGGGGUCACCUGACUCUCUCCUUCACCGAAUUCUGCCCCUUCAUGGUGUUGCGCCUGCGGGACCUACCCAACCCGCAAAUCUACACGCGGCAGGAGCGCUACCGAGCACAGCCGCCGCGCGUCCUGGAGCCCUCGGGCUUCCACAACGAGAUCUCCCUCGCUGCCUAUCAGGGCCUCGUUUACUACCUGCUCUGGCUGCACUCCGUGUACGACAAGCCCUACGCGGACCCGGUCCACGACCCCACCUGGCGCUGGUGGAAGGACAGGAAGCAGGAUCAGGAUUACUACUUCUACCUGGCGAGCAACUGGAGGAGCGCGGGCAAGGUGCACAUUGACAUGACUAGUUACGAAAAGAUCUACGACCUCAAGGCCGAGUAUGAGCUGCCCGAGCGCAUCUUCCUGGACAAAGGCACCAGCUACAGCUUUUCCAUCUUCCUGACCGCCCAGGGGCAUUUGUUCAAGUCGGAGAUCCAGCACGGGGUCUCCGUCCAGCCGCAGAGUCGGGCAAAGCUGGCGGUGGUGCUGGGCGACCCGGGCUGCAUCGAGGUGGUGAUGAAGAAGGAGGUCCUUAUUAAUCGCUACUUGGUACUUUUCUGGGUUACGCUCAGUGAUAAAAGGUCUUGCUUUGACCAAGGCAUUAGUGGACAUCACCUUAAGAAGACCUCCAUGCUCGUCAAGGUGGUGGGCUCUGCCUGGCACUGCUUUCAGAACACGCUCCAGGGGCCCCGCAUGCAAGGCAGCUUGAUGAUACCAGUGCUUAUCGGCUGCCCCCCAGGCAAGCGCCUGGCCUUCGACAUCACCUACACGCUGGAGUACAGCCGCCUGCAGAACAAGCAUUACUUCGACUGCGUGCAAGUGGAUCCUGAGAUGCCCUGCUUCUUCUUCCGCGAUAUCUUCUACCCCUUCUUCUUGAUCCAAGACUUGGUGACGGGAGAUUCUGGCAGUUUUCAGGGCAGCUACGUACUGAAGGUGGUGGGCGGCGGGCCCACCAUGGACACCAUCAAGGAAUACAGCGAGGAGGAGAUCUACCGCUUCAACAGCCCUCUGGACAAGACCCGCAGCCUCAUCUGGACCACGAAGAACACGACCACCAAGGACUCGGCCUUCAACAUCAUGUCCCACAACAGUUUAGGCAUUGAGUGGCUCUGUCUGGAGAACUCCCCGUGCUACGACACUGUUCCCCACAGCAUCUUCGCCCCUGAAUUCUACUUCAAGGUGUUGGUGAGCAAUAGAGGUGUGGACAAGAGCACAUACUGUGACUACCAGCUCACCUUCCUGCUGCACAUCCACGGGCUCCCACUCAGCGCCAAGCGGGCCUUCUUCAUCCUCAUGGUGUCAGCCAGCCUGUUUGUCAGCCUGGUCAUCCUCUACCUCAUCUUCUGCCUCCUGUUGCCCUGUAUGAUGAAGGCCUGCAACGUCCUCCACUGGAAGAUCGGUAACAUCAUGGCCUCAGAAUCCUACACCUACAGCACCCACUCCAACACCAGAGUCUUCAUCAGGACCUCUGGGACCAAAUCUGGGGGUGGCUCCAGGGGUAGCUCCAGAGUCAUCCCCAAGGCAGUGCAGGAGAACAAGGAUGUACUCAAAAAACCUUGAAGAAGUUGUUGCUGACCUGAGUCUCUUGCCUGCCCCAACCACCACCCACCCUCAUCUCUCCUUUCCUGGGCCAUCUUGGAAAAGCAACCUGUCACUCAUCCCAGGACCUUCUUCCUGUUUUCCUUGAAUUUUCACUUCUCAUUUCAGCACCAGUGGUGGGUCCUCGUCAGGACUCAUGUUCAGUUAGUUUGUACCACCCAGCCACAUAGGUUAUUAAAAUAUCUAAGUCCUUCUCGGCCAGCUGGUAGACCAGUGGCUUCUCUGUGUGCCUGCCAACUCAGCCCCUCCCCAGGGUGCCCUUGACCUCCCUACCAUCCAGCAGGGUCCUCUGUGACCCAGGCCUGUUGCUAUGGCCUGCAGUCUGUUCUGAUUGUUCAGUGCCCAGGUUUAAAACGGUUGUUAAAUUUUUUGAAUGUCAACACCUAUCUAGUGUCUAGCCUAAGGAGGGGACUCUGGAGAGGCUGACUUUUAUUUUAGUUGCAGAUAGCAAAAGUGUCACUCACAUGGUCCACAUAGAAAUGGUAAUUUAUGGACUUUGUUAAUAUAGACUUCAGGUACA